AUGGAUACAUUGGUGACAUUAAUAGUUAUCUUUGUCUCAUUCACUGUGAAAAAAGAUAUGCUUGCAGUUGUCUUGAUAAACGAGUUGGUGGUGAAGACGAAGCAGAACAUAUGUCUUCCAGAGACGUCUUACUUACUGCUCAUAUUUACCUCUGUCGUGCGGGACAGCAGCGGCGCAGGGGCGGCCAGUAAAGGCAGCUUUGUUCAUCUUUGCCUUUUCUUCCUUCAGAAGGCGGAGCGCAGUACGCAAGUGGAGAACGAUGUGCAUCUCAUUGGAAUCUUACUAGCAUUAAUGUGCCGCACCUUCGCUGGAGUGAGGCCGGUACAGCAGCUGCGUGAUUACAAACCGGACGCCUAUGAGUCAGUGAGACCGCACAAUUGA